AUGAAUGUGGCAUAUAGUCAUCGGUCCGAUGAUUCAGACUCUGAAAUUGCAGCAUCGCAACAUCAUGUUUCUGAUCCUUCUAUUUCUAAUCCUCACCCUGCAGCAGGUACAACGAGUCAUUGUACAUCUGCUCAUGACGGAUCUCACAUUAGUACAACUUUGAAGGACACUCAACUUCAAUUGCAAGCCAUCAAGCAGUGCAAUCAACUCUUGGAAGAAAAGAAUGCAAUCUUGGAGGUGAACAAACCUUCUCGCAAAGCCUCCAAGGCACCCUCCCAGCUUCUAGUGUUUGACAAGGAAGUGAAGAUGUUCACUAAGAAGUAUGGCAUCAUGUACGAGAUGUACCCACCCAGCGCCGAGCUACUAAAGAAGACUCUUCCCUCAACUCCUGACACAUUAUUGUCCAAGCUACAUAGUGUGCUCCCAGAUCACCUGCACCAUCUUGUGCCCUUAAAUCAUUUCCAUAAGACUGCACCACUUGAAGCAGGUCAGUCUUCCAAACUCAUCAAGUUGCGACGAGUUGCUGGUCGCAUUUUUGGGCUAAGCUCUGAUUACUUCGUCACGUCUUCAAAGCAAGACACCAUCGACGAGCUUUGUAGGUUGCUAGGCACUACACCCAGAAGCCUCAAUUCAACUGUAUUCAGUAACUGGAAGCCCUUGGCUCAGAUCCUGAAAGCAUUUUUAAUGGGCGAAGCAUCCCUUAUGUCUGUCAAGAAGGGUGGGCCACCCAGGGACUUUCAGAAUUGGGGAGUAUCUGCCAUAAUGCCUGGAGCAAUUGCGUGGAGUGCUACAAUUGCUAUUUUUCUUUUAUCGCCAGAUACAGUAUUCUCUCAAGACGGCCAUGGCAAAAGCUCAGGGAUUCAGUAUAAAAAUCUAUUCUACAGCUUCAAGAAGAUUCUGGUGUGUUGUUGGGAUGCUCCAUAUCUCAUGAAGAUUAGACAACACAUUGAGGGACAUGUCUUUGGAGCUGCGAAGCUGCCCAUUGAUGCACCCGAUGGGGAAGACUUUACUGCACAGAUUGCGCUUGCAAUGGCUGGCUUGCAAUCUAACGAUGUUGACCAUGAUUUGGAUUCUACCCCUGUGGGUGACCUUGCUCAGGGUACUGACAUCACCCAGUCCGCUCUGAAUUCACCACUAUCAACUCCAAGGUUAUCCACGCAGACCAUGCCUUCUGAAAUAUUACCUUCCGAUGGUUCCAGUGCUCCUCCGAUGCCACUGCCUGCUCCUGCAAUCACCAAUCAGAUUCAGAACUCGCUUGUUACUGAUGGUGACACAGAGCUUGAUGAAGGGGUUACUCAAACCGUAGAUGCAGAGGGUCAUACUCAAGGAUGGAAGAAAAAGAAGGCUGUGGCUAAUCAAAUCUCUCGCAAGUCUGUCCAUCAGAAGAAAUGA